CUUCGAUUUGAAGAGUUCACGGCUACUUUUAAAGAAAAAUAAGUCAGCGGACCCUUAUGUAGAAUCAUUUCUUGUUCAAGUUCAGUUGAACACACGAGACACUUAUUUUAGGCAUUAUCGAAAACGAUGAAGUAUUUCCGUGUUGUAAGCAAUCUUUUUAUUCUCGUGUUAACAAUAAGUGUUGUUUGGGGAAAACACAAAGGAAGGCGAUCAAAGGAUCAUUUGCGUCAUAAACACAUGCGACUCUUGACUCAUGCAAAAUUCUUCAGACAUCCUGACAAUUACAGCACCCUGGCUCAUUCUAACUACAGACACGAAAGAGGUAAGUUGAUCGGUGACGCUAUCGAUUUUCAUUUCCUUUUCGCCUCGUCAGAGAUGAGACCUCAUAUGCAUAUGACUCAGAUUUUUGUUUAUGCAAGAGAAAAAUCUGAAAGUUUGGCACGGCCUCUGGGGUAAUACAACUGCGUGUUAUGGACACCUUCCUUAGAAGUUGAAAUAUUUUAGUAAAAGUAAAAUCAUAUCACACCAUGGUGAACUUAAUUUUAUCAACGAUAAUAUUCUAAACAUGAAAAAAAGAAAUGAAAUAGAGUUAAGUUACAAAUCAUUUUGUCGUGAAUAAAGAGAGUUUGUGCUAGCUAUGCUUGUUGAACACGAGAGGAUCAAGAUAAGGCAGUUAAAACCUCGUAUACUCCUUAUUGCGAUGCUGACCUUUCUCAGGGUAUUUCUAGGUCGCUUCCAGUCCUGUGGACCCAGGAAGAUCUAGAACCAGCGAUCAGUUUGUUUCGUGAAUGGGCUCAUGCACCGCGAGUAACCCAUGUGGUGCCCACUCAAACUUCAUUGAAAAGUCCGUGCGACAAAAUAAGAUCACUAAGUAUUAUUUCACUGGAAAUUAAAAACAUUUGAAUUAGUGUCAGUUAUUGAGCAACUGUUCACCUACUCCUCCCCAGCUUGUUAUCAGUUGAUUUUUGUUUGGUCAGGGGAAGGGUGCGCAGUUUUGGCCAGAAACUGACAUUAGUCCAAAUAUUUAACUGGAAAUACAACUUGAAAGGAAUUCCUUUCAAAACGAGGGGUAUAUGGUACCCAGCCUCCUCGUGAAACUCUCCUCUAAUGACAGAGCCAUUUACCUGAUGUGAUUUUUCGUUACCAUUUUGAGGUCAUCAUCAUCCACCAGGUUUAAAAUGCCGUCGAAUGAAAUUCAUUGUGAAUCGAAAUGUAAAGUUAAAAAAGAAGACUACAGAGGCAUUGAAGAGAAGGAUGACAAACCAGCGCACAAAAAGAAUGUUACACAGGUUCACCACAAGCAAAAGGUUUCAUCUGUAAGUUUACAAUUUUUUUCUGGUGACAUAUAUCUUUGUUGCUUUUUCUCUGCCCUUUACACUUAGCCGAACUCAGUCUAACAAUCGAUUAGGUGCGCCUACGGGCAUUUCCAUCCAAAAGCUGAUAAUUCCUGUAUCAGCCCAUGUGAUUUCGACUGAGUAAUCCUCAAUUUCUUUUGUAACAGCAUGAAACUGCUUUACGGCUCAUUCAUUAUAAUAUACUGAUAUACUAAUACCAAAAGAGUGCUCAUCCGCGUUUUUUUAGUCCAAGAAAAGCCAAGCUGUUUGAGGAUAGACAAGGGAACUUAAUAACUUACAUUGAGGAUUGUAUUUCGUCUGGUAAGCAAACAGAUUUCAUCUUAAAUCGUUUUCAAACUUUUCAUUUUCCAUGCAUUUGUGUACAUUCUCUCAUUUUGAAGAAGCUAUUGAUAUGAAUUCAUUUAAAUACCCCUUAUUAGGAUGUUACUUUUCUUAGCCAUUCACUUAAAGAGCUUUUUAUUCUUUCGAGAAAAUGCAGAGAAGAAGGACUUUUUCGGGAGUCAGAGAGAAUUGUACAUAGGUGGGUCAUGUUUAAAGCAUAUUUCUCACCAGUUUGGUGCAUCGUUACCUCAGCACUAACCUGACAAGCCUGUUUUAUGACUUUUCGUUCGCAUGUAGUCUUUUAAAUUCUAAGAACGUUUUUCCUCUGUCUGUCAUGACCUACAGUCAAAUCUACAUUGAUCAUUCAAUUUUCAGAUACAAGAAACACAUGAACCGUAAAAAGCGUUUAGAAAAAAAGCACUUAGAGAUUUAAGGGAUAAAGCGAAUGAAGGAUGUUAGUUUAGGACUGGCUGACGUCUGACUGUUGUUUGUUUUCUCUUAUCAGAGCCUGCAUUUUACCAAAAGAAAACUCAACAUAUCCGUCGUCCAUCUUCAUCUCAUUUAACGCAUCCUCUAUCAGAAGACAAUGAUAGUAAGUUUGUCUGUACAAGUGGUUGCCCCAGUGAAAGUGUGAAAAUAACUUAAAAUUACGUCUUGAGGGUAAAAACGGGAAUAAAUUUAUAAGGCUCAAAUAAAGUACUUCCGGCCAGGCAAUGUUAACACGUUAAACGCAUCCCACGCCGUAUCUCAGCCGGCCAAAAUAAUUGAUUCUUGAUAUGCUAUUUCAAAUCCGAAAUAAAAUUCCAUUCCUCUCAUACUCAGGGAAGAGCUUCAAAUCCUUAAUGUUAAUCAAAACACUAAGCUGAGCUACCAGAAAAUGAACCCAACGUUAAAUACCGAUAGCCAUGGUACUUAAGGGACUCGAAGGUGUGUAAAAAUUUCACGCUUUCAGACCCGAAUAUAAAUUAAGUGUUUUUCAAAUUUCUGCCCAAAAGGGGUUUAACUACCUGCUCUCAGCUGCCAUACCAUGAUAGCUAUAGAGCCCAUCGUAGAGAGUCCAACCUCCGCACCCGCGCCCCCCUUCCUUUUACCGAGUCUUGGUACCUUUGUAACCGGCAUUUUAUCUUUCAAUAUUUUAGUUACAACCUUGCAAUCAAGUGAGGAUGAAGUCAGUAAUGAGGAAAUUCUUCCAGCCUCUGAAGGUAUUAAGGAGCUGCAUGAACUCAUAAAUGAUUCGCCCUUAUCGUGCGAAAUGUUUUUUAAACCCUCGAAGAAUUUUGAGGUAGCAGACUAAAUUAGUAAUUAACAAUCUCUUAAUUAACUUUAUUAACAGACUCUUUGCUUCAAACAGUGUCUGACUCCUCAAAAAUUCUAAAAGACGGUGAACAAAAUAUGAAAGAAGGUAGGAUCAAAUAUUAUUUGCGUUGAAAGCAUCCUGAGCCAGUUUUAUGCUUUUAUAUCAUCAUAAUUUAUCACUACUCGAGCCACCUUGAGCUCGUGAUGUUUAAAAUAUUGUACUUCCUUAAAAUUUUGUUCUCAUCAUGUUGUUUUAUCAUAAAAUCUUGUUUUACAAGGAACUGCUGAAUUAUUCAAUGGCCAACACGAAACAGAAGUUCCCUCUAACUUCGGUGAGUUAAUUUCUUGAGCAACGUUCACUUUUCGAUUUUUGUAAGAUCGUCAGUCCGUUACCUUAGUUUUCCUUAACAUUAACCGCCGAAUACUACUGAUUUUAAUUUUAAAUUUAAAGACGUCCUUUAACCUCUUUUCAAACAUGUUUUUCUCCCUUUUCUGACGUUACCGGUUUAGGGACUGCAUUUCAAGUUACCACAGUGGACAGUCCUGUUCCCAAAAGACCUGAGGAGGGAAGUGGUAGGUUACAUGACAUUUAGUAAAUUGUACGUUAAAAGAAACGUUCGAAAUUUAAGUAAUCACGCCGGCAACUCGAGUCAUUAUCUGGUCGCAAGAGCCAUUACCUACCAGGCAAAGAAGUCAAAGAAUCACUAAGAUACUUCUACUUUAGAGGGCUUUUGCAAUAGCCUUCCUUAUUACUAAGGAUACAUCUGUCAAAAUAAGGAUUCUAAACGAAUCCUAGAUGUUGUAAUGGGAAAUCUCUGCCCGUAGUGGAUUGAUCAAGCGUGUCGCUAUUAUUUUGUCUUCUAAUAAAUGAACAUUGCGGAGUUUUAGAGUACUUCUUUUCACCAAAAUAUGAAUAGCUUAGAUUUAAACCUAGCCAGUGAACAGCAGACUUCUUCUAAAUAUUGUUCAUCUCUUCCUCAAUUUUUUCAGAGCUUCAAAGUUAUUUCUCGUCAGCUGGUUUGACGAGCAUUGCUCGUAUAAAUAGCGACGGUAAGAAUACACAUUUAAAAGACCGCUUCAUUUCAAGUCGAUAAAAAACAAAGGUUACAUAAAAGGGCAUCACUUGGUUUUUGUUGUUAUCGCAAUCUCUGCUGUUUUUUACGUCUUUAUACCUAAUAAUCUCCUUUUUUCGAACAGCCAGUUCAUGAAACUUUGCUAACUGAAUGCCUAAUUUCCUUAAAAUCUAACAACUGUUUACAACUUGCCAAAAUGCUGCUCCUGUCAUAUUUAUGUUGUUUAUCAUCUAAACUUCUCACAAAUUCAUCACAACUUAAGAUUUAUAUUAAAAGAAAAAAAUAAUUCCUUUGUUUUUGUUAACAUGAAGUGUUAUGUUUAGUAAAAAUACCAAAGAAAAAUGACGUUUAGUAGUAAGAAUACUUAUGUUAAAUAUUUUGGUAUCUCUGUAAUAUUUCAGUUGUGACGCCAAUUUCCCAACAACCUCUGAAUCUAGAUCGGCAAUAUGAUGAUCAGCUUCCUCUGCGCAUGCCGAACGCAGGUAAUCUUCUUACUGUUUCCCAAAUGCAGUUUUGAAGAUGGUGGAAAGGGAGGAGUGGAUGGGGGGAUUCAUUCAUAUGUUGGCUUUCAUGUCUUAGAAUUAAUCACUUUUCGAUUUUUUUCUUACCUAAGGACACCUAAACUAUUCGUUAGCUCUGAAACUCAUUCCACAAUCAGCAAUGUACAAAACUCUAACUGCUAAACAGAACAAAAAUACCAUAUUGUACGUCUUUGUCUUUUGAAUUCCUCUGCUUAAUCGUUUAUUGUUAAUACUGAUGUUAUAUCGCUGAGCAGUGACAUAUCUUUCACUCAGGGUUUGUCAACGGUCCACCCCAAGAGACACAAGCAGGGUUUGUCAGUAAUCCCUCUGGUGAGGCUCAAGCUUUCACUCAAAGUAAGGUGGCUGUUCCUUGCACCAUGAUCGCUAUGUUUCUAAAGGCUGGCCAUUGGGACCGAUGGUCGAUGGCUAAUUUUUUCGGAGAAGAAAACCUUUUGUCUUAAAACAUAAACCGUAGAGAACUAGAAACAAAGUUGAUUGUUACACGACUCAAUUAACAUUAUCAAGAGUCACUCACUUAUAUACAACCAUCACGAAAGAUUAAUGAAACCGAAUUUUGCUUCGAACUUUGCUUCCUUACUCUUUAGAGGAUUAUGAGAACCCCCUCAGAGAUGCGGGUAAGUACAAAGCUAGCGUCUUACCUUUUAAAGUUUUUGGCAGUCUGUCUUUAUUAAACUGAAUGGAAAAACAUCUUCACAACAUUAGAACUUCACCGCAAAUCUAGGUGGGUAAAGUUAAGGUAAUUAAUUAACUGCAAAAAAUUAUCAAGUUAUAGUUUCAUAAUUUUGGAUGAAGAAGUCGAUAAAACUAUCACUUCAAUACAUAUUUAUUGAGCUUGUCUGAAGAAAAUUCAUCAUCUGAUAUUGAAGACCCCAAGCGAUAUAAACUGUGUGUUCUGUCUUAUUUAGAGAAAACCCCCACCAAAUUCAUCCAGAAUAACGGAGGAUAUCCAGGUAAAAUGCUUAAUGAUAACAAAUGUAAUUGUUUUGACAAAGAAUUAGUUUUGAAAUAUUUUAGCGUAGGUCAGCUAGUAAAAACCAUUUUGUUUAUUUUGGUCGAAAGAUAGCUAGCGGCUGUUCCGAUUUUGUUUCUGUUUUCAGUGCACACCUUCUCAGAAGCCUUUGAUAAACUGCAUAACGCAGAAAUACAGGAAUUAGCGGGAUUCACUGACGAAAGUAUGAACACUGCUUAGUUACAACCUUUGUCACUUUUUUAAUCGGUGAUUGCCUCAACCAGCUUAAUUUUACUAAAGACUGAUAAAACAUCUAAAUCCUUCUCGUCAGCAUCAUCUCCAUUUUUCUAUCAUCAUCAUCCUUCAGGUCCAACGAUCAAUUUUAUCGACCCAAUAGCGCAUUUUGUUAUCUUUUUUGGCUGAUUUUAUUUAUUUACAGGCGUAGUUCCCCAGUCACUGAGAGAAGCAAUGAACGUUGAAAGCGCCGAGGCAAAUUAUGAGAAAACCUACGAGACUUUAUAUGGUUUGUACUUUUAUCGAUUUUUGAUCAAAUCUCUCUGAAAUAAACAUAUUUAGAGUUGAUGUUUAAUUCUCUUUAACAGGUAAAGGUAAAUCCAUCAGUCCGCAGAAAGGAGCUGCAUAUUUGCCAGUAAAGGAUAGCAGUCAGAAAUAAAUCAAUCACUUGUAUUUGCAUUUGCUUGCCAUCACCUGCGAGAGGGUUUAGCGACGGAGCAGAUAAGCUCUAUUUGCUGGAAAAGGUUCGAUUCGGGAUGGUAGACAUUAAUUCUUCAUUCUGGAAAACAUACUAUCUAUACAAUAAAACUGACUCAAUAAACGUAAUUUUAAAGUUCUGAAGAUGGCCCGAUUUCUCAAAUUUUGAACCUUGUGCGAUCUUCCUUAAAUCAAUUUCGCAAGUUAUGAAAUCAAUAAAGUAAUUUAUGAAC